GAUGUCUAGGGAUUUCCUAGAACUGACGAGAACCCUUCGUUAGACAGAAAGGAUUGACUUUACCUGUGUAAAUAAGAGCCAAAGCUUUCACAAACCUCCUUCCCUCCCCUGAUGUUUUGUGCUCCUCUCUCCGCCCACCAUCCCCACCCAUUGUUUCGUUUAGUCGUGCCUCAGACAGCAUUACCACCAGCUGGGAGCUUUGAGACAGCCUGGGAAGAGCGGCGGACUCAGAUCGCGGUCCUCUCCUUGUGAAUGACUGUUUUUGGGGCCCGUUGACUGACGCAAACCUGAUGCAGGCACACCACACUCAAGCUGCUCAGCUGGUUGAUGUCUGGGGUUAAGAACUUGAUCAAGCAGGUUUUCUUUCUUGUCAGCACUGACGACAUAUCCAGAGCUUUAAACUCUCCCCACUGAGUUUAUACUUAAAGGACAGGACUGUGUUCAGGAAAAGACAUGAGGAUGGAGACUUUCUCAAGAUCACAGAUUCUGCAGGACUUUAAUUUCCAAUGCAGCAAACUGGCGUCCAAUAACAACCGAGGCUUUAAACAGGCCUUUAGGCAGGAGCUGAAUGAUGUUGGGAAAGAUCUCCCCAGUAGAGCCGGCAGCUUGGAGGCCAACAGAGAAAAAAACAGAUACCAUUGCAUUUUGCCAUAUGAUCACUGUCGGGUGAGGCUUUCAGUUCAAAACCAGAACCCAAAUUCUGAUUACAUCAAUGCAAAUUUUGUCCCUGGUGGUGGAUCAGAAAGGGAUUUCAUCUGCACCCAAGGUCCAAUAUCCAACACUUUAGCCGACUUCUGGAGGAUGGUCUGGGAGCAAAACGUCAGGAUAAUCAUCAUGGUGACCGCUCUCAGAGAAAAGAACACAGUACUGUGUGAAAAGUACUGGUCUCUGGAAGAAGGGACUGUUUAUCAUGGGCUCUUCCAAAUAACAACAGUGACUCGGAAACAGGGUCCAGAUUAUUUUGUUACUACCAUUAACCUGCGACAGAGGGACCUGCCAAACGACAGGAUAAUCACACAUUACUACUACCCGUCCUGGCCGGACCAGAAAGUCCCAAACCCAUUUUCUCUGUGUGUAUUCACUGAGCAUGUGCGGCAACAUUUGGAGGCUCUACCCUGUCUGGGGCCAGCUGUGGUGCACUGCAGUGCAGGCAUUGGCCGGUCAGGGACGUUUGUGACUUUGUUGUGGCUGAUGCAGCUGAGCAUGAGAGGGAUCCCACCUGACAUCAAAGGUGCUGUGAGGGACCUGCGACUGCAUCGCAUGUCGAUGGUCCAGACACUUGACCAGUACAUAUUUAUUCAUCACUGUCUGCUACAUUGGCUCAGUGGAGGAGCAUCAGCAAGCAGGCAACAGAUGCAGGUACCAGAUUUGAAUUCUAACCAACACAAGAAGGAUCAACCUCCGAGCUCACGGAGGAGGAGGCAGCGACACAGCUCUCAACAUAAACCUCCGGCAGACCAACCCCAGAACACACUGCAACAGAUUUUUAAACCUGGGAACCUACUGAGGAGGUUAAUACCCUCCUUAUCGCAGAUGAAUCCGAACUCACAAAACGCCUGAAGAUAUUCUCUGAAAAAGGCAUGGAAGAACUGAUAACCAUCUCAUUGGAUGUAAAAGGGGGAGGGGAGUGGGGGGGCUUCUAGAUGCUGCUUUAUACAAGUGUAGGAAAUGACUAAAGCUGCAACGCUGUGCAUGCAGCGCGAGGAGACGGCCCAGAGGCACAGAACUGCCCCGACAACAUGCAGAUAAAUGCCUUUAACAAAGACACAGCAGUUUGUGCUGUAACCAGGAGGAAUAACUAAGGGAAUAAUUCAUCAGGUUAAACCUGUUAUUCUGCAAAUCACUUCUGAUUCCUGAGAAAAGGAGGCUGCAUGAAGUAAAAAUACUGCAGGCAGAGGCUUUUUAUCAGGUCACCAACAAAAAACCUUUUAUGAUGAGCAAAGAUUCCAGGUGGGAGCAGCUAGAGAGCUAAUUAUUUACCUUAAUUGGUGACAAAGACUGCUGAGAUGUAUU